AUGCUUUGGGUUUCGAGGCCUGUGACAAUGCGGCCCUCCUGCUGCGCCAAGUGCAAGUUGGAGGGCAUGGUUGACAUCAAACAUCCGAGAUGCAACUGUGGCAGAGCACAGCCUGCUUUCGGGAUGCCAGAGGAUGCGCGGGCCUCCUGCUGCGCCAAGUGCAAGUUGGAGGGCAUGGUUGACAUCAAGAAUCCGAGAUGCAACUGUGGCAGAGCACAGCCUGCUUUCGGGAUGCCAGAGGAUGCGCGGGCCUCCUGUUGCGCUGAGUGCAAGUUGGACGGCAUGGUUGACAUCAGAAGUCGGAGAUGCAACUGUGGCAGAGCACGGCCCUGUUUCGGGAUGCCAGAGGAUGCCUGGCCCUCGUGCUGCGCCAAGUGCAAGGUGGAGGGCAUGGUGGACAUCUUACAUCCAAAGUGCUUUGUCUGCGGGACACGCGCUUCGUAUCCAGAUGCUGCUGGCAAGCCGCGGCAGCUUUGCGCAGCACACUCUUCCGCCGUCGGUGCACAUGUGCUGUCCUCUCCAUCCUGGUCGCGCGCUGCAAGUGAUUGUUUUGAUCUUUUGGAGGAAGCACAAGGCUUUGACUAUCGGUUUCGUCGCAGGUUUGACGAAGAAGCCGGCGCAUGGUCUGGGGAGGAGUUUGCCGGCUUGGUCCCAGAUAGAGCGUUUCGGCCUGAUGCACAUGACCCGCAGCGGCGUGAGAUCGUGGAGUUUCUUGGGAAUUACUACCAUGGCUUCCCUCCGAAACAUCCGCAGCAUCUCAGCUUCACUUGCGUGGGCGGAAAGACGUCUCCGGAGCUCCAUUGCGAGACGUUUGAGCGCCUGGACCUGUUCCUGGAGCAGGGCCUCCGCGUCUUCUACGUCUGGGAGCACGAGUUCACCGAGUGGCAGAAGCUGGCAGCCACCGGCGAGGCGCCGCCCAUCUCCCGGAUCCUGCGCCGACACACCCAGCGCAGCUCGAAGGCAAGGAGAACCGCCAAGAAGAGCGCGAAGACCGCGGCGGCAGCAGCGAAGCGCCAUGCGAGCUGA